AUGCCAACAACCGGCCUUAUCGUAUGCAGCACACGUUCACCCCGUGCCGGGCUUCAAAUCAGCACCUUCAUCCACGAGACCAUCAAGGAAGCACAUCCGCAAGCAAGCAUCACAGUCAUUGACCUCGCAGAAUGGGACCUACCACUAUAUAAUGAGCCGGGGAUCCCGUCGCGUAUCACGUCAGCUGAGGGUUACGUUCACGAGCACACCAAGGCCUGGUCGCGGGAGAUUUCGCGCUACGAUUCAUUCAUCUUCGUCACCCCCCAGUACAACUGGGGAUACCCUGCGAGUCUCAAGAAUGCGAUCGACUAUCUCUUCAAUGAAUGGAAGGGAAAGCCGGCGAUGGUUGUCAGUUAUGGCGGUCAUGGGGGCGGCAAAGCCGCGGCGCAGUUGCAGCAGGUGCUGCAGGGAUUGAGAAUGGUGCCCCUGGAGAGCACGGUUGGAUUAACCUUUCCCGAGAAGGAGAUCAUGGCACGCGCCGCGAUGGGGGAGGAUCUGGGGUUGGGAGGAGAGGGAGGUUUCUGGGCAGGAGAGAAGGAAGCAAUCCAGGGCUUAUUCGGGGAAUUGGUGGGAGUAGUGGAGAAGUCGAGAUGA